AGGAAGCUUAGUACAUUAGUAGCUUCAGGUGUCCUUUCGCGAGGGCUGCUGACGUGUCGUCGUCCAUCCCGCUCAAUCCGCUCCACCCCCCGCCUCUCAUCUUCCGCCGUCCGUUCAACCCGCUCCAUCUGCUUAGAGCCGCUAGCCUUUGGUAUCCAGCCAUGGCUUCCCGGCUACUAGCCGCCGCGUCCCGCGCGGCUCGUUCCGCGUCCGGUCGCAGAUCUGGCUCGAUCGCGCCGUUCCGCGCAUUCUCCGCGCAAGCCGCCCCCGCGCCCGUGCAGAUAGCGGACGAGGACCGAUUUGCGCGCUACAACUCCCCGAUCCCCGUAACCGUCGAUCACAGCGCGGCCCUCGGGCUUAUUCCGGCGACACGUGUCACGACCCUAUCCAACGGCCUUCGCGUCGCGAGCGAAGCGAGCCUGCAUCCGAACGCGCCUAAGACGGCUACAAUCGGCGUGUGGAUCGACGCGGGGAGCCGAUACGAGAGCGAGGCUACUAACGGGACCGCGCAUUUUCUGGAGCAUAUGAUCUUUAAGGGGACUAAGAGGCGGUCUGUGCAGCAGCUGGAGAUGGAGGUUGAGAAUGCCGGAGGACACCUUAACGCGUACACGUCGCGUGAGAUGACGACGUAUUACGCUAAGGUGGUGCAGAAGGACAUUCCCGUUGCUGUAGAUCUGCUGGGCGACAUUCUGCAGAAUUCGCUCUUUAACGAGGAUGCGGUGAACCGCGAGCGCGGAGUCAUUCUGCGGGAGAUGCAGGAGAUCGAGAAGCAGGUGGAGGAGGUGCUGUUCGACCACCUGCACGCCACGGCCUUCCAGUUCAGCCCUCUCGGCCGCACCAUCCUGGGGUCCGCUGACAACGUGCGCUCCAUCACCAGGGAAGACCUCGAGAAGUACAUCGCCACGCACUACACGGGGCCCAGGAUGGUGGUGGCGGCAUCAGGCGCGGUGGACCAUGACGCCCUUGUGAAGCUGGUGGAGAAGACCUUCGCGUCGCUGCCUGCUGCCAGCACCACCACUGUCGCUGACCUCAUCGCCAAAGAGCCCUCCAAGUUCACCGGCUCCGAGGUGCGCAUUCGCGACGACGACCAGCCGCUGACCAACUUCGCCAUCGCCUACAAGGGCGCCAGCUGGACGGACCCGGAUGCCGUGGCGCUGCAGGUGAUGCAGACGAUGCUGGGGUCGUGGAGCCACGCGGCAGGAGGGGGGCUGGCGCUGGGGUCGGAGUUGGCUCAGAAGGUAGCGGCCAACAGCUUGUGCGAGCGGUACAUGGCGUUCAACACCAAUUACUCCGAUACCGGGCUCUUUGGCGUGUAUGCCUGUGCCAAGCCGGAUCAUCUGGACGACCUGGCGUGGGCCAUGAUGCAUGAGAUCACUCGCAUGGUGUACCGCGUGUCCGAUGAUGACGUCACCCGUGCUGGCAAUGCGCUCAAGGCGUCCCUGGCUCUCCACCUGGACGGCUCCAGCGCAGUGGCGGAAGACAUCGGGCGGCAGCUGAUCACGUACGGGCGGCGCAUCCCCCUGGCGGAGAUGUUUGCUCGGAUCGACGCGGUGGAUGCUGAGAUGGUUAAGAGGGUUGCAGACAGGUUCCUGCUGGAUAAGGACGUGGCGAUUGCAGCCAUCGGCCCCACCCAGUUCCUCCCAGACUACAACUGGAUCCGCCGCCGCACCUUCUGGCUGCGGUACUAAGUGCCGCACUUAGUUUCCACACUAAGUGCUGCGCUUAGUUUCCACACUAAGUGCUGCACUUGGGGUGCCUGGAAGUAUGGACACGCUUGGUCCUGUGUCUCCAGAUUGUGAGAGAAUCUCUCUGGCCAGGCCUCAACCCCUCCCAGCUGCCCGUGACCUUUUUUGGUUAAGUGUGGUUGGUGAAAGCACAGUGCGAGGAUCUUAUCGUUGCAUAAAAAUGUGGAAGUGUACUGGUUACAAGGUUAUUGUUACAGAGUCAGGGAAGGGAAGUAUCAAGAGAGUUUGUACCGCAUUGCCUUUCAGUGUAAUAAGCAUUGUAUUGCACACCACUCAACUUGCCAAGCGUUUGAUGUUAU